AUGUCCGAUGAAAAGAUAUAUACUAUCUCAGAUCUUCAUGUGGAUGAUGAUGAGAAUAUGAAAUGGGUUGAAAAAUUGUCAAAUGAUAAAUAUUUAAAUGAUACAGUAAUUAUUGCAGGUGAUGUUACACAUGUUCUAUCCAAAUUAGUACAUACAUUAAAAUUAUUCAAGUCAAAAUUUAAAGAUGUUUACUAUUGUCCGGGCAAUCAUGAAUUAUGGACAAAAUCAUUAAGAGAAGAUGAAGAAUUACAAAUUUAUAAUUCCAUAGAAAAAUUUCACUAUAUAUUAGAAAUUUGCGAUGAUAUUGGUAUACAUACAAGACCUGGUGUUACUAGUCAAGGUGUAACUAUUGUACCCUUGUAUGGAUGGUAUGAUGAUAGUUUACAUAUGCCGGUUCCAAAUAUUGAAAGUGACUUACAACUCUGGACGGAUUAUUAUCGAUGUCAAUGGACAGAUGAAGUACCACAACGUGAAGCUGCAAAAUAUUUUGUUAAUCUAAAUGAGCAACAUUUAUCCAGUUUAAAUAAGAAUAAAAGCAACUCAAAAAUCAUAACAUUUUCACAUUUUUUAACAAGCAAAAAAUUAAUGCAGGCAUAUCGUAGUGAAAUGUCUCGUCGUCGACAAAAAUGGCUCGAAAGUCAAAACAACACACCACAAAAUGAAGAAAUAGCAAGCGGAACAUUGACAGCUAAUUUUUCAUUAGUGGCUGGAACUGAAUUAUUAGAUGAGCAAUUAAAAUUAAUUAAACCACAAAUACACAUAUUUGGUCAUAGUCAUCGUAAAAUGAUAUUGGAUAUUGGUGAUGGUAUAAAAUAUAUAAAUAAUCCACUUGGUUAUACAAGAGAAAGAGAAAAUGGAUUAAUUGAGCCGCCACAUGAACUUUACGAAAUAAAUUUAAUGGAAAAAUAA